AUGAUCACCACUCCCCAACCCACAAUCACCCAAGCCCGAGACCUCGCAACCCACUACACACUCACCAACCAGCUGGCCCUUGCAGAAGCCUCUUAUCGUGACAUAAUCGACACCGUGCAGCAGCAUCAAGGCCAACACGCCACACACGCAGACCGCUACAACCUCUGCAACAUCCUCGUCCAGCAACACAAAUACACAGAAGCAGAGCCUAUUGCAAAAGACUUGGUUGUUUGGCUAGCCAAAAGACCUGUGGAUGAUGAAAACGCUCAUUUUUUGGAGCAACAGGCUGGGGCGGUCAGGCUUUUGGUGCAGAGUCUCAAGGGAUUGGGUAGGGAUGAAGAGGUGGAUGAAUUGUUGGUGGGUGCGCGGUUUGAUGGCCGUGAGGAGCGACUAAGGGCGAGGAAGCAGUUUUGUGGGUUGGCUGAUGAGUAG